CUGGCGAAUUGAGAGAUGAUGAAAAAUUGACCCAAAAUAAGAUCAGAAAGGAAACUGGUGUAAACAAGUUGUGCCAAAACUACUCCAACUUUCACUCAAUGAAAAAUGUUUGUCUGAUCGCAUUAAGCUCGGUGGAUGCCACGCACCCCACCGAAAAAAGCGCCGUUCGUGUCAAACUCGAGGGCCGCGCGAUCAUUAAACUUUCAUCGUAAAGCGGUGGCUGCAAAUGGCCCGCGGGCGCCCACUUUGAGUCCCUGGUCCAAUUUCCAAACACACAUUACUGCUGCGUAUCCCCAGCAGGGGGCGGCAGAGAGCGUUUGCGUGCUGCAAGCUUUGAAGAAGAGCCCAAUCCGGAACAGUCCCUCCGCCCCGGUCCAAAGUGUAUCCGUCCCCCGGACUAGUCGCUAUGUCGUCAGUCUCCUCUCGGAAGAGAUUCGUGGACGGCGACCAGGUAGCCGGCGGCAAGAUGAGCAAAGCGGCGAGCGACAAGAGACACGUCGCCGCACUCGUCCUGGCGAGGGGCGGAAGCAAAGGCAUCCCCCUGAAGAACAUCAAGACGCUGGCCGGGGUGCCGCUCAUCGGUUGGGUCCUGCGAGCCGCGCUGGACUCUGACAUGUUCGACAGUGUGUGGGUGUCAACUGACCACGACAAGAUUGAGCAGGUGGCCCGGGCCUGGGGUGCUGAGGUUCACCGCCGGAGUCCCGAAGUCUCCCGAGACUCUUCCUCUUCGCUGGAAACCAUCCAAGAGUUUCUGAGACUCAAUCCACAGGUGGACAUCCUGUGCCACAUCCAGGCCACGUCGCCCUGUCUCCACCCGUUUCACGUCAAGGAGGCCUUGGAGUUGAUCACCGUGCACGGCUUCGACUCCGUCUUCUCGGUGGUCCGAAGGCACCACUUCCGCUGGCAAGAGGUCAAGAAGGGAUCUGCCGAUUUGACCAAAGCCCUGAACCUGGACGCUGCCAACCGCCCUCGGCGUCAGGACUGGGACGGCGAGCUGUGUGAAAAUGGCUCCUUCUACUUUAGCACCAGAAAGCUCAUCACCGAGAAAGGACUCCUGCAGGGCGGCAAAGUGUCUUACUACGAGAUGCUUCCCGAGUACAGCGUGGACAUCGACGUGGACAUCGACUGGCCCGUCGCGGAGCAGAGAGUUCUCCGCUACGGCUACUUUGGCCGGGGGACUCCGGAGGUGGUCCGCCUGAUGUUCUGUAACGUGUCGGGAUGUUUAACGGACGGAAAGAUCUACCUGUCUGCGGCCGGAGAGGAGAUGAUGUCCGUCAACAGCCGAGACAUCGCCGGCAUUCGCCUGCUGCAGAAAGAGGACGUGGAGGUGGUGCUGUUGACAAACGGCGAGGACCUCGUGGAGCGGACGCUGGCCGACACGCUCGGCGAGCGGACGGGCUGCCGGGUCGUGCGGGUGGGAGCCCGCCCCGUCGACGAUUUGGCGUCCGUCUUGGAGCCCGGGAAGUUGGUUUGGAAGGAUGUGGCGUACAUGGGCAGCGACGUGCCAGACGUGGACUGCCUCAACCUGGCCGGCUUGAGCGCCGUGCCUUCCGACGCGCCGGUGGCGGCCGUCAACGCCUGCAAGUACACCUGCCACGCCGCGGGCGGCCACGGCGUCGUCCGGGAGUUCGCCGAGCAUAUCUUGUUGCAGAAGGCAAAGGCCAAGUCUCAGAUGAGGCGGGACUCCGUCGAGUGAAGUUGAAAGCCGACACUUCACCUUACAGAUAGUAGUCGGGGAUUGAAUCAAAAUCUUCUAUUCUGCUUGACUUGCACUCGAUCGAUGUAAUUCGGCAACUCCUCGGUGUGUCCUUUUCAGGUCAUCGCGCCGAAGGCUUGGCGGCACGCCCGUGUGGCUCGUUGAUGCUAGUUAGCUAGCAGCGAUCCGCACAUCAGUUAAAAUCCAUCCAGAGAUUUUGUGUUUCCAGCUCAAUCAGAAAUUAUUCGCAGCAAUCGUAAUAAAAUCUUUGAUCAUCAAA